UAAUUUUUUGAAAUUUAUUUUAAGUGUCAAAGAUGUUCUACUGACCUGAGUCGUAUAUUGUGCCAACUAGAAGAAGGGUGACUAACAAAUCAAUUCUAGAAGUUCCCAAACUCCGUGAGAAUUUUAGUGAAAUCCGCCGUGAUAAGCUCGAUGUGAAGGAUAUCAAUGCAAUUCUGCCAAAUAAAUAUAUCUCUCAGAAGCCAAAAGACCACCUAAAUUUAUAUAAAUAGCAUCCCUGGGGCACAGCCUAAAUUCAAGCUUGCUAAGAAAUACAAUGAGAAUGAUACCUUCGAUUAUACAGACAUUAACGUCUCCAGGCGAGUCAUUAGGAAGAUGGUCCAGUCAUCUCUAUUCGAUCACAAGCCAUAUGAGAAAGCCAAGUAUAUUGAUAAAAUACUUGUUGGGAAUAAAUUUUUGUCUAAGGUUGACCCCAUCGUAAUGAACGACCUUGGAAAAUCUAUCAGCUCUUUUAAUACGAAUAAGUCCCCUCAAAUUCCAAGAGGCAUUCCUUCAAGUAAAGCCAUGAACAAGUCUUCAAGACGACAUAUAUCAUUAUAUGGGAAUAAGCUGAGCCAAAGUAUUGAUAUUGGCUCUUUCAAUCAUUCACAAAGACUGAAAGAUUUCAGAACUUGAGUUCCUUAUGCUGGAUCUGCGACCAAAAAAGAUGCUUUUGAUAUCAACACUAACCCUUAUCAUAGAGUUAGGAAUGACUUAGCCAGUAAGCUCAAUGCCUCAACUGACCAAAUCAUGACUAACUCCAUUGAAGGGAGGCGACAUCCUCGAAGAAUGGAGACUAGGCACAAGAGGACCAGCACCACUUUAAUUCUGUAAGG